AUGAAUCAAUAUAUUAAACCAUUCAAAUAUGAGGAAAUCUAAUAAAAAAGUAAGAUAGAAAUAGCAGGAGUAUGCAAUGCAAUAUCAUUUAAUAAAGAUUCGACAAUUUUACUUGUUGGACUUGAGAGUGGAUAUAUUAUAUAAUAUACUUUUAAAUUGGGAGAACUUAAAUUGAUUUCUUAAUGUUUUAGUUAACCUAGUUUGUAAAGGUUCAUUGUUAUGACAAAAUCCAACUAUUAUUUUUCCUAAAAUGGGAAAUUAGAUUUAACAAUAUGGACUUUGAUUUCCAUUAAUAAUCACAAGGCUCAAUCAUAAAUUAGAAAAUUGAAAGCAAACAUUAUCCUAUUCAACUAGUAGGAGGAUUUAAUGAUAACUGGAGACCAUAAGGGGGAGAUUAAUUUCAUAAAGAAACAAAUGCUUUCCUGGAAUGUUGUCGAUACAGUCAAAAUUUCUUGUUAGUUAAUUUUUCUAUCCUUCAAUUAUUCUGAAAAUUCGAUCAUUGCCAAAAUUGGAAUUGGGAAAAUUGUCAUUUUAUAGAAAAUUAGUAAAGAUGGUCAUGAAAAUUGGAUCAUUUUCCAAUAAAUUAAAUCUUAAGAAAUGCUUGAUAAUAUGCUAUUUAUAAAUGAUUCAAUGAUAGCAGUAUAAAUAUUAGGAUCAAGGAACUGGCAGUUGUAUAAAUUAGGAAAAGACUAAAAAGAAUACACCCUUAAAAAAACAAUUGAAAUACCAGCUUUGAAUGAAGAUUUAAUAUAUAUAUUUAAAAAGUUUUAUUAAUCAGAGUUUGAUAUUUCAAAUCAAAAUAUUGACUUUUUACAUUUAAAAUUUGGAUUUGGAAAGCUAUAUUUGGCAGUACAAUAUAAUGAAGAAUUUAAUUCAAAAUUAAAGGUUGGAUACUUCGAUUCAUUUAACAAAACAGGAGAAUAUGUCUCGUAUUUUGAUUCUUCUUCUAAGUAAGUUAAAAUAGCUUAGUAUAAACCAUUAUAUUGGGAGUACAAAAUGACUAAACGAUAGGUUAUGUAAGAUGAAGAUCCUUUACAAAUUAUUGCAAUCAAUACUGAAUAAUUAAUACUGAUAGGAAGUAUAAAUAAAUCAAUUAAAGUUUAUUCUUUUUAAAAUCAAACUUUUAAAUUAAUUUAAUAAUUAGAUGAUCACUUAGGUUUAAUCCAUUGUUUAGAAUUUAAUACAAAAAAUAAUACAUUUGUAUCUGGUAGUCAAGAUAAAACACUUAGAAUAUGGGAAUGGGAUAUGAAUUUCUAAAAGUAUAUAUGCUCAAAAAUUUUAGAAGGUUUUGUGGAAUUUUAAUGUGUUUGCUUUAAUAUAGAUGAAAAUUAAAUGAUUUCAGGUGGACAGAAUUAAGUAUCAUUUUGGAGAUUCUAAGAUACCAAUUGGUCGAAUUAUUAAAUUUUGGACCUUGAUACCGAUCAUAUAUAAGGGUUAAGUUUAAGCCCUUCUUAGUAAAGAUUAUUAAUUUGUUUGAAAAAUUAAAAAAUAGUAAUUCUUCAAUAAAUAAAUACAAAUAAUUAAAUUAUUUGGAAAGUUUUAAAUAAGAUAAAUUUAAAUAUGCAAGGGCACUCUAUAUUUUUUAAUAAUGAUAAUCUAAUAGCUUUUUAAGAAAAUCGUAAACCGUAAAUUCUGAUAUUUUAAUUGUAAAGUGAAGAGAAUAAAAUUGAUUAGAAGACUUAAUUAAUAUUCAAUUAAGAUGAUGAUUUUUCUUCCAUAUAGUCUCCUUUUAUUUAUAAUGAAAAUAAAAAAAAUUUUCUGGUAAAGAUCAAUUGCUAUAUAUUCAUUAUUACUACCUCUGAAAAUUAAUACCUAUCUUUAUAUUAAAAAAUUUAGUUUAGCAAUUGUGAAGUAUAAGGUGUAUUAAGCAAGGAUGGAAAAUUGUAUAUUUCUUGGAAUUAUAAAGAAAAAGAAUUUCAAAUCAGAUAAUUUAAGAGUUAUUAAAAUUAGCCAACAUGA